UGAGACUGUAAAUUUCACCCACGCCGGUUACUAAAUCCAUCAAUGUUUUUAUAGUUUUUUUUGUUGUAUUUUUAUAAUGUUUCGUCAUGCCAUGCAGCCGUUGGUAUGCAAAAGUGAUAAGGUAUCCAUACCAUUCUGUAAGGUUGCAAAGAGAUUGUUGCCAUGGAAACCAUCACUCUCCAGAUCGGAAUGGGUCGUGCUGAGAAGACUGUAUUGCCAGAAACCAAGGAAGGUGCCAGACUUCCAGGAAGUCACUUUUAAGAGUGGCAGGUAUUAUUUCUUGGCUUUGCCUGCUCUGUCCCUGUACCUGUGUUACUGGCAGAUACAACGGAAACAAUGGAAAGAAAACCUGAUUGAGGAGUUGAAAUCAAGGUUCAACACACUGCCUGUACCUCUUCCAGAUGAUUUGGAAGAGUUGAAUCACCCUGACAUGGAGUUCAAGCCGAUAAAGGUGCGCGGACAGUUUGACUACACCAGGGAGGUGUAUCUCGGGCCUAGAACAGAAUUCAGUGCUAGUCCAAUACAACCAAUGGCCCAGGAAAGAACAUCCGGUGUACACGUGAUUACUCCAUUUAAAGUGGAGGGAAGAGAUCUGACGAUUUUGGUGAAUAGGGGAUGGUUAAUACAAGGGCAAUUUCAAAGUGAGGAGGGUCGGAAAAAAGGACAGGUGAACACAACAGUGGAAUUAAUUGGUCAAGUGAGGCAUGACCAAGUGACAACCAAUGUAGCAUACAUGAUGAUGGGCGACUUCAAGAAGCCCACAAUGCAACAGGGACAAAAAGUGUAUCUUGUACGAGACCUCAAUCAACUAGCUGAGACGUGUGGAACAUCUCCCGUUUUGCUGGAUUAUGUAGCAGGGGAACUACCAAUAAAUGGUCCUAAAAUUGUGACUCCGACAAUUGAACUGCGGAACACACAUUUGGAAUAUGCUGGCUUUUGGUUCUGUGGUGCAGUUGUAACAUUCAUGUUCUGGGCAAAAUACAUGAGAAAACCACCAGAGGGAAUAACAACCUUCAGGUCCAAGAUCAAGUCCUAUAAAUAGUAACAUUGUUGUCAAUGGGGAUCAUUCUAGAAGUGUUGUUGAACCCAUCUCCAGAAGACUGUUUUAAAUGUCCUCUAAAGAACUUAUAUCGUGUCAAAGGUGAAUAAAUAUGCUGUUUAUGUAUAGAUUGUUUACUUGAUAGUUACGGCAACAGAAGAAGGUAUUUUCCCCAUUUUCCCAAAAAUCUUAUUUUCGCGAAAGAACUUUAUUUUUGCCAAAAACUAACCACAUAAUUGUCAAAAAUGUUAUUUUUACCAACCCUACUUUCAGAUUUUUAUUAAAAUCUGAUUUUCGCAAAAAUAACUUGAUCUUAGUAAAAACUUACUAUAUUUUGGUCAAAAAUGUUUUUUUCGCCAAAACUAACUCUAUUUUCAUAUUUCUUUCAAAAUCUUAUUUUCGCGAAAAUAACUUUAUUUUUGCCAAAAACUUACUAUAUUUUGGUCAAAAAAGUUAUUUUCGCCAAAACUAACUCUGAUUUCAUAUUUCUUUCAAAAUCUUAUUUUCUCGAAAAUAACUAUUUUCAUCAAAAAUAACCUUAUUUUAGUCAUAAAAGCUAUUUCCGCGAAAAUAGGUUAUUUUCGUAUUUUAGUCAUACCGGAUUAUACAAGGAGAAGAAAAAAAAAUAGGUGAAUAAUUAUUAAUGAUUAUUAUUAAUAAGUGUAUUAUUGAAAUAAAAAAUGUUCUGAUGUGUGUUUAAAAAUCACUCUAUUGAAAUUUUAUUCCAACUAAGCUGAAUGUGUAUGCAAUGAAUUGACACAUUUCGAUGACGUUAUUGCUGCAAUCAAGUCACACAUUUUAUGUGUUCUAUUACUAGCAUUAGUGUGAAGGAAAUUCCGCUGCGACGUGGGAGUCGAUGUACGUUAUAAACAAAAUAUUUUGUGUGAUAUUAGAUAAUAAAGUUCUUCAUGAAACCAUUGUUAAAUAUUUAUAUUUAUUGAUGCUAAAAAUAAAAUUUAUUG